GCCAUGCAAGACGACCCAGCCAAACAAGAUGUUCUUUGAGACAAAUAUUCGGUUCCAGAGUUUCACGGCACCUCUCCUGCUACUGGGCUGUUUCUCUCGCCACAUAACCCUCUUCCCUCCCUCGCUGAGCGAGGAGGACGGCGACAUAUCCUCCAGCCCCGGGUUCCAAUCCUUUGAGGCAGAGUUCAAGACCUGGCAACAGCCGGGAGAGAAACUGGACGAAAACUCGUUUGUCUUCUCGGCGGCCGAGGUGUUUCGGUUCCUGCGCGACAUGGCUCUGGAUAUCCCCAUGACUCAGUCUACGUCUCUACUCCAGGUGGGGUCUCAGAAGAGUGCGUUUAUGACGGUGCCGUCUCGCGUGACUGGCCACCUGGUGCACCCCGGAGCUGUCCUCUGCAUGGUGGACCUUCUCCCCAGUGUGCACAUGAAAACACAGACCAUGGCUGACGAGGAGGAGGAGGAGGAGGAAGAGGAAGAAGAAGAAGAUGGAGAAGAAGAAGGAGAGUUCUCCAGCUGCCAUGAAGGAGGACCACAAGUUGUACCGAACUGUAACUGUACCGUGGUCGUCAAUGGAGGGACCACUGUGGACCACCAGGAGACCAUACCGAACCAUCAGAACCACAGGGGGAAGGGGUCAGAUGUGGAAAUGUGUGAAACAUCGUCACUUGGCAGUUAUGGGGAGGAGAGUGAGACGGAUGAGGAGGAGUUGAGAGAAUCAAUGGGUGUGUCUCAGAGGAAGAUACUGGAGAGAAACUACUGCAAAAUGCCUCCCUGCGAGGCCAGGAAGUGGUGUGUGUUUCUCCAAGAGCGAGUGGUGACUGAGAUCUUCUCCAUGGCCAUGACCGAGAGAAACCAGCAGGCUCUCUGCCAGGUGAACCUACCCCAGCGUAUCCUCCAGCGAUGUGGCUCGGUCCUGGCUAACGAGGCACACCCUCUCCAUCAAGCUCUCGAGAGAACUUUCGAAAGACUCUCCUACCAGUCCCUCACUCCCUCCAACUUCAGGAGUUUUCUUCGUCUUGGAGACCCUCUCUCUUGUACCAUCAAUAACAUAUCAUUACAACAGCUGGAACAAGAGGCAACCCAGAUAGGCCUGAUCUGUAAUCAGGCCGACCCAUUAUCAAACGGGCCGGCCAAUCCGGAGACGCAUCAAGUCGAUCAGGAACCCAAUACCAGUUCCGAGGUUUCGAAAACCAGUUUUGAAAACAAGUCAGACGAUACUAUUCUCUCAAGUGGAACAAGUGAUAAAAUAGCAAAAGACAGUGAAGAAAGGGUUAAAACCACAGACGCCGGCGGCAAUCAUAAGAGGAAAUACGGGGGCUCCCUCUCGUUGGCUCGUAUCCAGAGCCUGGUGUCCAUGACGACGCCACGGGCCAGUAACAUAUCUAGUGUGUUGGGAAGUCCAAUGUUUAUAGAGAUUGACCAUUCCAUUGAUGGGUUUGGCUGCCUCUUUCUGCCCAGUGUCUUUCCGCAGCAGAUCAGCCAGUCUCAACAGAUCCAAGGAGUGGUCCAGUCCCCCAGUUCUCUGAGUGUCAGUACCUCGGGAGUUGGCUAUGGCUCUGAGAGACUGUUUCCUCCCAACAACGGCCUCACCUUCUCCUGCUGGUUCUAUGUAUCCAGUGUGUCAGCAAACGACGAGACGCCAUUUACUUUCCUCUCUCUCUCCCAAAACUUUCUGGGCCUGGACAACAAGACCAUCAGCAUCCCCUGCUUUAGGAUUCUCGCCAACUUUACCACUGAGUCCCUGACAGUCACUCUCCAACAGUCCAACAAAGAACAGAUGAGGGACUUCAUAACAGACGACAUGAAGACCGACAAAAUUGAGACCGUCUCAUUCAAUUGUCCUCAGCUUGGCCAUCUUCAGGUCUGGCAUCACGUCGUGGUUUCCAUGGCAAAGACGCUUCGACAGAAAUCGAAAGUCUCUCUCUUUAUGGAUGGCGUCCCGCUUGGUGUGCAAAAGAUGGUGUACCUGAGGCCGGCGUUUCCCCCGGAGACUGGAUUCCUCCCGUUCCCCAGUGAGACGACGCCCUACCUCGUGUCAGCCCACAUCGGGACUCACGUCACUCAGAGACACGUCUCAGACCUACUCAUCAGACUUGGCCCGAUAUACUUGUUUGACGAGCCGGUGGGACCGCAGACAGCCGGUGCCAUCCACAAGCUUGGCCCCUCCUACUUUGGCUCCUUCCAGGCCCCCGUCCUGGGAGACACCUCUCUCUCCUCUCUGCUGUCUCCCGGGGCAGUUGGUGAUCCUCUGCCUCCACUGAUACCUGAAGACAGAGUCGUGUUUGGAGUGUCAGCCUCUACUCCUACCACCAAGACCGUGGCUGAACUCAGCAAGACCUACUCUACCAUCGACACUGCCACCAUCGCUAGAGAGCUCCUCCUGGCAGAGAAUGACGACGCCACACCGGUCCAGCUACUCCACAACACCAGUUUCCACCUGUUUGGUCCGGCCCGCAGCCUCGGAGCUGUCAUGUGCGGCUACUCAGGUCUCAGAUCCUUCCAACCACAGCCGUUGCGAAACCUUCUCUCGUCAGUGGGCGGGACCUCCGUCAUGCUGGGCCUGGUAGCCAUGGCAACCUCUGUCGACGCCCUCUACGCCAGCAUGAAGGCGUUGGUGUGCAUCGUCGGGAACAACCAGACGGCCCUCAAGGAGAUGGAGAGGACCGGUGGCUUCCAGGUGCUGGGUAUGUUACUCCGGGGUAAGAGUCACCUCAUCAACGGAAACAUCCUCCAUCUCACCUUCACCCUCGUGGGCACCGUCGACUCCGAACACGAGAAUUCCUGCAUCCCCAACCCCAUCGCCUUCAGAGACCUACUAGCCGAUCUGACAGUAUGGAGUGGGACCAGUGAAGACAUUCAGAGAUCUCUACUCUCUCAUUUCUUUGACCUCAUCACCCACACCAGAACUCACUCCAGUAACACGCGACACGUGCUGGACAUGAAACUGGUGUCUCUCCUCCUGUUCCGUCUCCAUGACGAUCGACUCUCCCGGGCGACCACCAAGUCCAUCUGCAACGUCAUGAAUGCCAUAUUAGGAAGUAGCCCCACCCACGAAGAUCUACAAAGGGUGGUCAGCUGCUGGUGACCACGCUGUCUCACAGAGACAAGGGAGAUGAGAACAGCAUAGACACUACACCGACCUCUCCUCUCGCCCAUCCCUCCCUCUCCUCUCUUCCCGAGAAGCUCUCCUCGCGAUGAAAGAGGAGGAGGAGAGAGGGGGCCGGAGGAGGUGAGGUGGAGGAAGUGAGGGAGAGAAGAAGGAGGAUGUUGUUCUGAGGAAACAUGAUUGUGGACAUGCUUUUGAGUUUACUCAGCUCCUCACACAUGACACCUCAACAGCAGGUUUGCUCUAUCCUGGGAGAGGCCCUGGCCUGGACUGGGUCCUCCUGUUCCUCCACAGGACACACCACCACGACACGGUCACCCGGGCACUCCGACUACUCGUCCAGCUCUCUCCCUCGAGAGGACUCCAGCAGAGAUUCCACGACGGAGAAACUCUUUGGUCCCUGGAUAGCGAGGAUUCGAGGCCCUACCCCCCGAGAUGACUACGCUCAUUGAGAUGUCGUGAACACAGCUCAACAGCUCAAACUGCACUCCCAAUUACCCCUCCCGGGCGUGGCGGUUGCUAUCGUCUCUCUCCCUCACCAUCUCGGGUCUCCGCAGGUGUUUUGCUAAUGAUAGCUCUCCUACUGGGAAAGACGGGACUCAAUAUUCCGUCUCUGCCCGUUGACAUGGAGACGUUGUGGACAUUGUGUUUCAGGUGGGGGACUCGGCAGCCAUGAACAGUGUGAGACUGUGUCCGGAUGCUGCGUUUGUCCUGCUAUCUAUGGCGAGGGGUGUUGUACAUCAGUCCAGCAGAGGAGAGAGAGAGGAGAGAUGAGGGAAGCAGGGUCCAGUGGAUCUGUGGUAAGUUCCUUGAGAGACUCGUACCGGACGCUGCCCCACUUCUGCACCAUGCGGACCUCCACCGAGUUCAUCGAGGCCCCUGGCUGCCACUCUCUUCCCUCCUCAUGACAUGAUGACCCUCCUGCUGC